GUGAGAGGAGCAUGAAAUGGAGAAAGAUGGCGGAUCAUGUGCAGGGCCUCGCCCAGCUGGAGAUCUUGUGUAAGCAGCUGUAUGAGACCACCGACACCGCCGUCAGACACCAGGCAGAGAAAGCUCUGGUGGAGUUCACCAACAGCCCCGACUGUCUCAGCAAGUGUCAGCUGCUGCUGGAGAGAGGCAGUUCGUCAUAUUCUCAGCUGCUCGCCGCCACCUGUUUGUCUAAACUGGUUUCUCGAACCAGUAACCCUCUGCCCCUCGAGCAACGCAUCGACAUCCGGAACUAUGUUCUGAAUUAUUUGGCCACGCGGCCAAAGUUAGCAGCCUUUGUGACUCAGGCACUGAUCCAGCUCUACGCCCGGAUCACUAAGCUGGGCUGGUUCGACUGUCAGAAAGACGACUAUGUCUUCAGGAACGUCAUUGCUGACGUCACACGCUUUCUACAGGACAGCGUUGAACAUUGCAUCAUAGGAGUCACCAUCCUGUCCCAGCUGACCAAUGAGAUCAAUCAGGCCGAUACGACACAUCCUCUGACCAAACACAGGAAGAUUGCUUCUUCAUUCAGAGAUUCAUCACUUUUCGACAUUUUCACGCUUUCCUGCAACCUCCUCAAACAGGCUUCAGGUAAGAACCUGAACCUGAACGAUGAGUCUCAGCACGGCCUCCUGAUGCAGCUCCUCAAACUGAGCUACAACUGCCUCAACUACGACUUCAUCGGGACGUCCACCGACGAGUCGUCUGACGACCUGUGCACCGUUCAGAUCCCCACGUCAUGGAGAUCAGCUUUUCUGGAUUCCUCGACUCUGCAGCUCUUUUUCAACUUAUAUCAUUCCAUCCCUCCGUCUCUCUCCCCACUGGUGUUGUCCUGUCUAGUCCAGAUAGCCUCUGUCCGGAGGUCUCUCUUCAACAACGCAGAGCGAGCUAAGUUCCUGUCUCACCUGGUUGACGGAGUGAAGAGGAUCCUAGCAAACCCUCAGUGUUUACCGGAUCCCAACAACUACCACGAAUUCUGCCGUCUGCUGGCGAGGCUGAAGAGUAACUAUCAAUUGGGAGAGCUGGUGAAAGUAGAGAACUACCCCGAAGUGAUUCGUCUUAUAGCCAACUUCACCGUCACCAGUCUGCAGCACUGGGAGUUCGCCCCAAACAGUGUUCACUACCUGCUGAGUCUGUGGCAGCGUCUGGCGGCCUCGGUCCCGUAUGUCAAAGCCACCGAGCCUCACCUGCUGGAGACCUACACCCCCGAGGUCACCAAGGCCUACAUCACGUCCCGGCUGGAGUCGGUCCACGUCAUCCUCAGAGACGGGUUAGAAGACCCCCUAGACGACGCCGGUCUGGUUCAGCAGCAGCUUGACCAGCUGUCCACCAUUGGAAGGUGUGAGUACGAGAAGACCUGCGCUCUGCUGGUCCAGCUGUUCGACCAGGCGGCUCAGACCUACCAGGAGCUGCUGCAGUCCACCAACUCCAGCGCCGCAGACAUCACUGUUCAGGAGGGUAGGAGCCUCAGAGGUCACAUUCAUGCUAGUGUCUUCAGUCUGAAUGAG